AUGGUCGAACAAGGAGGGAACAAUCCUGACGGCACGGGUAUUGUCUUUGACGCGGCAGGUUUGCCAAAUACUGCACCUUCCGCUCGCGAUCGCCAAAAGUCGCGGGCCGCACAAGUUUCCCAAGACGAGGAGGGAGGCCGCGCAUCAGGAGGGAGCGGUGUAUCAGCGAAUACCUGCGCACAGCUUGGAACGCACCCGUGGCUGACAAGAACGUUGAGACCAAAUUCCAAUGGUACAGCAUCAUCCUCAAAGAACUGUUCCGUGAGUACAAGAUGUGCAGCCUGCCUACUCUUCCAUACACGGUGACUAAUUUUGACCCGGCUCGCUGUCUUCAGAGUCCGCGCUGCGCCGACGCUCCGUGCUGGACGGCGAGAAGACCCAAUCGCCCAAGUUCGUCUAUGACGUAAAAGCCCUCAGGGACAACGCCAGAAUCAUUGUUCAGCGCGGCGCGCUCCUUCGCAAAGCGGAUUUCCGAAGCCCGAGUGGCAAGCUUAAGUUGUUGGGACCAGACCUGGAUCGGAUCAUCCCAUUGCUGCGUGCAGGCGAGCUGAGCUUCAGGCUGGAGGAAGAGGUAACGGGUCAAGUGCAGAACAGAAAAUGGCCGACGGCGAUGAAGGCGGCGACAGCGAUGCUGACCGGCGGACUCGGAACACGAGCUCCGACGAGGACAGCGAGUGAGGUGACGAUGGCCGAGCUCUCAGCGCCAGCCAGACUCGUCGACGCGCAUGCGGUGCGGAGAUCUUGGCUGUUGAAGGGCCAGACAACACAGGCCACCACAAUAGUUAUUUCAAAGUUUUGCUUCAUAUGCAUCCGGCUCUUGGUGACUAAAGGCGGAGAGGGUGAUUGUUCGUUGCCCUUCGUGCCUAAUCUUCCCCUGGGCCGCUCGAGAUCGACCUCUCCUUGUUGA